GCUAAGCACAUGAAUUAUAGAAUUUCAAUUCAAGGGGAAUUUUAAAUUAUAGUUGAACCUACUCUUAGUUAGGAUAUUAACUUUGAGGCUUUAAUCGAUUAAGCUUUGAGUAAUUUAUAAAAAAUUCUCCGCAUCAAAGAACCCAAUUUUAUCAACUAUUGCAAUCAUUCUACCAUUUAUUGGCCGCAGGCCCAGCUAACGUGUUUGUGGCCAAAUUUUCAUUUUACCCUCUUCGAUUGCCACAGGUGCGGUGGCUCAGUAAUUUGUCAUUUUCCGUUCGGUCAGCUACUGCUCCCAGUGGAGCGAAGGAUCCUGGCAGUUGUGGGACAUUCGAAAGGCCAAGCCUUGGCUAAUCAAUAAGUGUUGGGGAGUGGGAGCCAAACUGGAAAAUAGCUUACUCUGAAUGGAACUUUUUUCUAUGAUUGUGGUAUUGAUUAUGAUUUUCAAUGCCGUUGGUGGGUACGGAAAAUGGCCAUCGGGCCAGCAAUGGAACCCAAUGGCCAAAAUGAAUUACUUUGGUUCAUACAUUAAUAACUAUAAAAAAGGCGUGGCGAGGCUAUUAAAAAUAAUGACACCUAAUUUUGAGGUUAUUCCAGACAAAACGCUCUAAAAUUAAAAGAUAAAAUCAUAAAAGGAUUUUUACACAAAUAAAAUGAAGG